ACAUUUAAUCAUAUUUUAAUUUUAUUCAAGCAUUCUAAGAGAAAAAUGACAACUCCCUCGGCCCCUCGAGCAUUUCCAAAAGGAAAAGACAACUCAGCUUUAACUUGGCGGAACCUUCAUCCGCCACGUUGCCCACCAUGCAAAACCCACCCCAACCCCACUGACGUAUCCUCCAUAAAUAUUCAAGCAGCGAUGAUGAAUUCAAAUAGCAAUUUGUAUUCUUUUUUCUAUCCACACAGACAUCAAAAAAUGGUUCUCCAACAUCCGCCGCCGACGUCAAUGGAGGGUUCUUCUUCCAACGAGCAUAUAGUGAUGCUUCCUAUGAUGGCUCACGGCCAUCUCAUCCCAUUUCUCUCCCUGGCAAGAGAAAUUCACCGAAGGAAAGGCUUCACCGUCACCAUCGCCAGCACCCCUCUCAACAUCCAGUACCUCAGAUCCACCGCCGGUACAGAGAUCAAAUUUGCCGAACUCUCGUUCGGCAACGCCGACCGUGGUCUCCUACCCGACGCUGAGAACACCGAGAAUUUGACCUUGGAUCAAAUCGUCAAUAUUUUUAGCGCCUCAGAAAGACUGGAAGCUCCGUUCCGUCAAUUUUUAUCGGAGAUAGUGGAGAAAGAAGGGAAGCCGCCUCUUUGUAUAAUAUCAGACGUGUUCUUGGGGUGGGCUGUGGGUGUUGCAGAGAGCAUGGGCACUGUGAACGUCACUUUUACCACAUGCGGUGCCUACGGCACCUUGGCUUACAUGUCUCUGUGGCUGAAUCUCCCACAUCGGAAAACAGAGUCUGAAGAAUUCACCUUACCGGGAUUCCCCGAAAGGUGUCGUUUCCAUAUCUCGCACUUACAUCGGUUUGUGAGGAUGGCCGACGGAACUGAUUCAUGGUCCAGGUUUCUACAGCCGCAGAUUUCAAAUUCUCUUCAGUCUUUUGGGUGUUUGUGCAACACCGUUGAAGAGAUUGAGCCUCUUGGACUCGAAUGUCUCAGAAAAUUCAUGAAAAUCCCUGUUUGGCCAAUCGGUCCUCUGCUUCCUUCGGCUUUGCUGAAAAAAUCACCCGCUUCAGCUGGACAGUUUUACAAACACCGAGCAGGCAAAAAACCCGGGAUGUCCAUGGAAAAAUGCCUCGAGUGGCUUGAUUCGCAGAAACCAAAUUCUGUUCUUUACGUUUCGUUCGGAUCACAGAACUCAAUUAGUGAAUCACAUAUGAAAGAGUUAGCUUCAGGAUUGGAAGGAAGCGGGAUUCCAUUCAUCUGGGUCAUAAGGCCUCCGCUCGGUUUCGACUUCAGAGGUGAAUUCAGAUCAGAAUGGCUACCGGAAGGAUUUGAACAAAGGACGACCGAAAAAAACCAGGGUUUGUUGGUGAAGAACUGGGCACCGCAAUUGGAGAUUUUAUCGCACAAGUCCACCGGAGCAUUUGUGAGUCAUUGCGGAUGGAAUUCGGUGAUGGAAAGCUUAAGCCAGGGAGUACCGAUUAUAGGGUGGCCAAUGGCGGCGGAGCAGACGUACAAUUCGAAGAUGUUGGUGGAGGAAAUGGGGGUGAGUGUGGAGCUGACGAGAGGGCUGCAGAGUGAAAUAGGAGGGGAGGAGGUGAAAAGGGUGAUAAAAAUGGUGAUGGAGGAGAAGGGGAAAGGAGGAGAAAUGAGGAAGAAGGCGGCAGAGAUUGCAGAGCGGAUAGCGGCGGCGACGAAUGACGAAGAAGAAGGAGAUGAUAAGGGAUCGUCGAUUCAGGCGCUGGAUGAUUUUGUUUCUGCUGUUGUUAGGAAGCGAAGGGAGAUUCGCACCUAGGUCUCAGUGGCGUUUUCCUUUCUUUUAUAAAUGGAUGUGUGAUGGUAUUUUAUUAAACUUAUUUUAUGGGG